UGUUCCAUAAAACGGCGCCGUAUUCUUUCUUCCGUGUACAACUCACCACUCACCUCACCCAAUAAUCUCCUUAGCCUCUUCACAUCAACUGUUCUUCUUCUUUCUUCAUCUUCCCGAAUGUUGGGUUCGCUUCAAAACCCUUCUCAGCUCUCAAAGAAGCAGCAGAAACAGGAAAGAGAAUAGUUUGCAGUGAGUUUCAAGCCAGAGAAUUUCAUUCCAGGUCUAGUCAUUGGUUUCAUUUUUGGGCUGUUCUUGGACUUAUCAAAACCCAUCAAAAACAAUAAUAAUACUACUCCUAAGAAGGCCAACCUCUUACUGGGAAAUCAGCAAAGACUGGUCUCAACUAACACUGAUGAAGAGCUUAAAAUGGUUUUGGUGGUUAGACAAGACCUGAAGAUGGGAGCAGGAAAGAUUGCGUCCCAGUGUGCUCAUGCUGCUACUGGGAUGUAUUCAGAACUGAUGCAAAGUCAGCGGUCCCUUUUGAGGCAAUGGGAGCUAUGUGGACAACCCAAAAUAGUUGUCACAUGCAAGAAUCAACAAGAAAUGAAUAAGCUGAAGGAAGCAGCUGAGAACAUUGGACUUCCAACUUUUGUUGUUGCUGAUGCAGGACGGACACAGGUUUCGGCUGGGUCGAAAACAGUUCUUGCUAUUGGACCUGGAAGCAAGGCAUCUGUGGAUUCAAUAACACGGAAACUGCGCCUGCUCUGAUGGCAUUUGGCACAUUUUAACUACUAUGCUUGCUGCCAUAGAACUUCAUCGGUUAAACCUUGCCUCAUGAUUACCUUGUAAAUGUGAUUCCAUUACUUUUUUGUGCACAGAAUCCAUCCCAUGUAAGAGAGUUGCGACCAAUUUGCGAUUGGAUUACGUGCCCUUCAAAUUUUUCAUGUGAUUCAGGUCAGUUUUGCAGGGAGAAGUGAAAUAGAGGUGCUUUGGUUGGAUAAUUUUGUGAUUGAAUCAGAUGUACAACUUACUGCUCUUCAUGGAGGGGAAAUUGCUGCUUUCUUUUA